AUGCGCCCGGAAGGUCUCCAGCCUGCUAGAAGACGCAAAAUUGGGCAGACGCCUCCUGAACCUGUAGACCAUGCCAAAAUCAUAGUCGCAGCGAUUUACUGGGAUAUCAAUUGCUUUUGCCGUCUUCAAGAUAGUGUUCGCGAGGCCAUCAUUUCAGGAGAUGAUACUCCAUUGGGUGGAAAAGGUGUGCGUUACCUUGAAGGCGCCGAAAACUUUAUCGACAACUUUGUAUCUCAACAAGAAGACAACUCACAAGAAACCAAAAGCUCUGAGCUAUGUCGAGCCUUCAUUAGUAGGCUCGGCUGGAAGAUGUUCGCUAUAUGUGCCCAUUCUGAAGCUUUCAGACUGGCCUGUGAAAAUGAUGAAGACAUAGGCAUCAAAUCUAUGCAUUGGACAUACCUGGUCAGGCUAAUUCAGGAGAAUCGACGCAGCCUGGAGGUUUUUGCACGUACACGUAGGCUGCCCUGGCGUGACGUGUUACUUAAACAUGCCAAUUGUGACAAUGAUUCCAUCGAUCAGGAUCUUGCUUACUCCGAGAUAUCUCAGGGCUCACCUCCUCCUGACUCGGACUAUACACCCUCUGAUCUUUCUGAAGAGUCUUUCACCGACUCUGAGGAUUCAUCAUCUUCGGAAGAAGCUUAUGAGUAUGACCCAGCCUUGUAUGAAGUGCCUGGCGCGCAGAUUCGGCGAUGGAUCGAUGAUCCUAAUGAGCCGGGCUGUCAUAUUCACCCAUCAACCCUGACUUUCGCUCGUGUACGCCAAGUUUCCAAGCUGAAGAUUGUCCGCAGAAACAUUCGUGUAAUGUUGAGGGAACCUUUUGAUGCGGUCGGCCUUCCCAACGAAUGGGUGAGCCCUGUUCCACGAGGAAGGUCAGUGUAUCGUCAUAUCAAAAUUGACAAUAGCGAGACUGAUAUGGGUCUAAAUGCUUGGAUUGGACCUGGCGUGUUCCACAUUGAAGAGCUUCGCAAUCCUGAAAGAAAUCGGAACAUACCCUUAGAAGACGACCGACCGCCGAUGUCUCAAAUCAUCCAGGUCAUGUACGAGAAAUUCUUCCCUAAGUCUAGUCUACGCUAUAUCUUCGUCACGGAGGUAGUUAAUACGAGGACGUUUGAUCUCAUUAAGCGCACUCUGUACCCAACGAACAAUAUGGAGUGGCCAAGACGGAUGGUGAGGAGAUACAUCCCUUCCACAUGGGCUUUCGGUACACUGGAGUAUGAUGCUUUGAUAGCUACGCCUAUUGGCAGGACCAUCAGUUACCUUGUACUUGGGGCAUACCCUAGAGGCACUUAUCGUAUUGGACGAAUUGUCACCUGGCCCUGUUCUCCGAUCGCUGCCCAUAUGCGGUUCGACAUUGAGGCUAUCAAUGAGGCCACCGAACCUGCCAUCGAGGUAGGCUCUGUUGGUGAUCUCAGUGAUUGGGAUUAUGCUGCUGGUGAUUCAGCCGAGGAGAAGAAUCGCGUUCUCGGUUUCUUGCGCCCGGAGUUGGGUCCAGAGAUAAGCCUUACAAGUGAACAUCCCCACCAUAUUGUUCAGUGUCUAGAUGGUGGCCUCAAGAGACCUAGAUUCAAUCACCGAUCGCAAAUCCAUAUUAAUCAUUAUAUCUGGAAACCCGAAGACUUUGAUCAUGCCGCAAACCCGGUGCUCGUUCUUGGACCGUGGAGGUGUAAUUUGUGUCGCAACACGACAACGCAUGCCAAGUACAAGCCAAUCAAGCAGAAAAGGAGGAAAAUGAACGACGGCUGUGACUGUAUUUGCCGUGUGUUUGCUGGAGAUUUAAUGGAGCUUCGUGAAUAUCAAGACAAGGGAGUCGGUGUCCGAGUCCUAGCCAAUUACCUCCACAGCAAAGGUGGUGUGUAUAUGGGCACCUACACUGGCGUCAUUCAAGUCAAGGGGAUGCCAAACUGUGCUGACGACCCAUAUUGCAUGGAUUUGUGCCCUAAUGUGCCUGGCCCAGAUAAGGGGGGUUAUAUGUCCUACGUAUUACGGGAAUUGGACCCGAUUUGUUAA